ACACAACAUCCAUAUCAACAACAAAAACUUCAAGACAACAAACACUUCCUUCCCAAUACAUUUCGAAUUAAACCAUACAUUUCAUCGGUCUCUUAUACCGCAAUUUUCAUAAAAAAUGGAAAUUCAAUUCCAACUCCAGAAAAACAAAACAAGCAAGUUCAAGGGAAGAAACACUAAGAGCAACAACAAGAACAAAUUUGUCGGUGUCAGACAGAGGCCUUCUGGAAGAUGGGUAGCUGAAAUCAAAGACACCACUCAGAAAAUUAGGAUGUGGCUCGGAACAUUUGAAACUGCAGAAGAGGCUGCUCGCGCAUAUGAUGAAGCUGCCUGUCUGCUCCGCGGAUCAAAUACUCGUACCAAUUUUGUCACUCAAGUCAAGCCUAAUUCUCCUCUGGCUUCUCGGAUUCAGAAUCUUCUUAAAAACAAGAAAACCCCUGAAAAAACCCGAAAAAAUGUUCCUGCUUCCGCUACUGCUGCUGCUACAACUACUACUAGUUCUACCAGUAGUCAGAGUAUUGAGAGUUCAACUACAAGCUUUACAAGCAGUCCAGCCAGCAGUGAUUCUGACUCAUGUGGGAAGGUCUAUGAGCAAGCUCAAUUGUUUGAUGAUGCAUACAAGCCCGAUUUAAGCGAUUUCGAUAUGAAUCCUCAUACUAUGACAUGGGGGUUCGAAAAUAGUGGGAUCAACACGUUUCCACUGGCACAGGAAAUGCUGGAGCUGCCUAAUACUGCGAACUUGAUGCCUAGUACUUAUACAGAUUUUUCGGAUUUCGAGAGGAUGAAGGUCGAAAGGCAGAUUUCAGCAUCUCUUUAUGCUAUGAAUGGUGUUCAAGAAUACAUGAACACUGUCCAUGAUCCUUAUGAAGCCAUCUGGGAUCUUCCUUCUUUAUAUUAUUAGUUCUACAUUUUUCUUAUCGCGAAUUUCUCCACUUUCUUAAUCCCGUCCAUGUCACUACCAGAAAAGCGGGUAAAUAUGAAUGAUUUUUAUCGAUCAAAUUUAUCCGUUUUUGUACCAGUGUGUUAGAGAAGUUUGAUGAAAUCUUGUAAAUGCAGAUCCUUGUUUUGGUUAAGAUUUCAGAAGAUUUAAUAUAUUGGAAUUAGUUUAUGAAUC